AUGAGUAAAACCAUCGCGCCGAGUUCCUCAAGGAGCCACGGGGAUUAUGACCUAAGGACGGAGUUGGGGCUGCUUCGAGGAGAAGUGAGUGAGGCUCUCAUGGAGGCACGGCAGUCCAGCAAUUUUUGCCGGAAAAUUCAACGCGAUAUCGAUAAAUUUGUCCGCUCUCAGCAGCUGACGCGGGAGUGUGAGGAUGUUGUAGGGAAUGAAGAACUUACCCCGCAACUUUUGGCUUCCCUUGAUGGCCACCUAUCCGAGUUUGAGGGCUUCAUCAUCGCAAGGGUUCGUGAGUGGCUUGAGGGGAAGAUAGCGACGGAGUUCACACAAAGGUUAAACUCCUGUAAACUGCAGCUUGAUCAGCUCUACCAAGAGCAAAGAGAACAGGAGGGAAGGCUGCAGCUUCUUGCGACGGAUGCCGCGCUGAAGAAGUCCGAGCUUCGCAGGGAGAUGAAAGGAUACGCCUCCAAACUGUGGGCCCAUGUGACACUUCUUGAGGAAAAACUGCGAUCUGUGGCCCCAGCUUCUUGCACCAAUCCCGAUGGUACGGCAGUGAAGGAAGUUGGGUUGCCCGGCGCGUUGCAUGAGUUGGUGGCGAUUUUGACUCUCCUCUCUGAGGGUUUGGAGAUUGAGCGCAAAUUGAAUUGGGAUGAGCGGCAACGGUGGAUGUUGUUUAUAGGGCGGGCGGUUGAGAAAUUUCGUCAGCUGGGAGAAAGCGAUGAGAUGCUCGCAAUGAAUUUCCAGGGAUUACGGCGGGUGGUAGCGGAACAUCAGCAGUGCUGCAGAGAAGUUCUGGCGUGUGUGAUGGGUGUUGGCCAGAGAUUAGGUCCGUUAAGUUCUGCUUCCACUGCUUCUGUUGCAACAACCCCAGCGUGGGAGGGUCCUCUGGGCGUGCAUUCAGAGGCCGAGAUCAAUUAUCAAAAACAAUUCGGUGAUUUCGUGAAGGAACUUCAUAAAAUUGGCGCGGCCCUGCGUACCCUGCAAAUGGAGCAUGCUUACUUCAAGAAUAUUCUGGAGGACAACAUGGUAAAUGUAGCGGAGCUCCGGCAAGAUGUGGAGGAGCUUGUAUCUGGUGCAGCCAAAAUUGGUGCACGUCUUGAACACACAAACCACAUGCGACAACCGCACGUGUCACCAAGGAUAUGA